UUUACUUUUUACUUUGAAGCCGCACCUUUGUGACUUUCUCAUUCUCCUAAUUUUAGUCAUUGAGUCUGCCUGAAAGCUUUACCAACGCCAUGAACACCUUUCGUUUUGUGAGACCGGCAAUCGCCAAGGUGCCCUUUCAGCGGUCCACUCUGCCUCGAAUUGCGCGGGCUUACAGCUCCAAGACUUAUGAGUAUAUCCAGACUUCUACUCCGGCGCCGGGCGUUGGACAAGUGACUUUGAACCGUCCAAAGGCACUCAAUGCGCUGUGCACGCCUCUCAUCAACGAGCUCAACGACGCUCUGGUGGAUUUCAAUGCCUCUGACGAGACUUCCGUCAUCAUCCUCACCGGCUCACAAAAGGCUUUCGCCGCCGGGGCGGAUAUCAAGGAGAUGGCCCCUCUGACCUUCUCAGAGGCUUACACCAAGGCCUUCAUUGAGUCGUGGUCGCUUCUGACAACCCAGGUCAAGAAGCCCAUCAUUGCCGCCGUCUCUGGCCAUGCGCUCGGUGGUGGCUGCGAGCUCGCCAUGAUGUGCGAUCUCAUCUACUGCACAGAGGGCGCCAACUUUGGCCAGCCCGAAGUCAAGCUGGGAACAAUCCCCGGCGGCGGCGGCAGCCAGCGCCUGACCCGCGCCAUUGGCAAGUCCAAGGCCAUGGAGCUCAUCCUCACGGGCAAGUCGUUUAGCGGCGUCGAGGCCGAGAAAUGGGGCCUCGCGGCGAGAACUUUCCCCACGUACGAGGCGUUGAUGGAGGAGACGCUCAAGCUGGCCGAGAGCAUUGCCGGAUACUCCAAGGUGGCUGUCCAGGCUUGCAAAGAGGUGGUCAACAAGAGCCAGGACCUUGCUCUGCGGGACGGAGUUGAGUUUGAGAGGCGCGUCUUCCAUGCUUUGUUUGGAAGCCAGGAUCAGAAGAUUGGCAUGAAGGCUUUUGCGGAGAAGAAGAAGGCUGAGUGGACUCACUCGUAGAUGGGUGGAAGUUGGAUGUAAAAUAUAGCAAAAAAGUAUCAUCACAGCCGAUGAAAAUGGGGGUGUAUACUAAAAAGGAUACAUAUAGAUAUAUGCCAACCAGAAACAAUCUGAAAUGAAAUAAUAGAGCAAUUAAUUACAACAA